GUCAACGGUAUAAGUUUGUCGGCGCUCGUGUGAACGAACAGAAGGAAGGGAGCUUUCUUCUCGGUCGGGUGGCGUAAGGUCGUGGCUAUUUUGUCAAUCCUUUGUAGCGUUUCUUUGGGUCGUUCCAGUUCAUUGAACAGUUUCAUCCAGUUUUGCCGUGAUGCAGCUCAGCAGCGACACACAAUGCAACAAGCACUCGUUGCUCAAUGUCAUGAACCGGUUCAUAGCCGCUGCCAACAACAUGGACGAGACCAUCAUGGUGCCAAACUUGCUGCGGGACGUGCCUUUGGAGGACCAGGACAGCCAAGCCUCUGUUAGUCACAAUAACAACGAGCUUUCUUUCCCCAGUAAACAGAGGGACAUGUACGAGCACUACUUGCUGCUAAAGUCCAUCAAGAACGACAUGGAGUGGGGUCUGUUCAAGAGGGAGAUGGGCGGCAGCUUUCUAGAGAUGGCCGUGAAACACGAAGAGCCGCAGGUGAACGGUGGAGAUGCAGAGGAAGGCUCAGACCUGGAGGGCCAGUUCCACUACCACCUCCAUGGACUCUUUUCUGUUCUGUCCAAGCUCACUGUCCAAGCUGACCACCUCACGAGUCGUUACAAAAGGGAAAUCGGUGGAGGUAGUCUAUUGCGAUAGGAUCGAUUUGUUUUAGAGCUAAAAUGGACUAUUCUUGAACUGUUGGACUGGAAAGUUGAACGGGUGGCAGUGGACCUAAAGGGCUUCAGAUUCCCCUCUGCCAUCAAAAGGGUUUCUUGCCCAAGUUGGUUGUCCUGUGGCCUGUCUUGGUACUUGGUGCUUUCAGGACGUUUCCUCUAGAUACUAAAGGGCUGUGAGAGUAAUGGGGGGUUUUGUUUGGUUUUUUUUACACUGACCAUUUCAGCAGCGUACAUUUAUUCCUGUUAGACUUUAGUUUUGGGUUUCAUUUUAAGUCUGUAUGCCAGGUCAGAAAUCCCUUGACAUUGUCAUUUAAAGCUGUAGAAGAAUGUGGAUGCUGGUAAUUCAAUUCUUCCUAUUAGCCAGCCAAUGCCUUUUUUUUAACGAGGGGAUUUUUAUGUAUUAAUGCUGCUCUGUGCACUUGUCCAUGUUAAAUGGCGUGCCUUGUUUUCACUUCCCACUUGUGCUGUUCAAGUAUGUGUGCUUGUCAUGCAUUGUAUGUUUGAACGGGGCCCAUAUGUAUGCCACUUUCGUUUUGUUCUGGUUUGUCCUAAAAGAUUUCAAGUUUUAUAUUGUGUAAUAUAGUGACUUAUUAAAUAAAGCAUUAACUUAAACUGA